AUGACCUUGGGAAAUGUGUCAGGUGUUUUCUGCAUUUUUAAAGAGAAGGCGUACAGUCCAGGAGAUAGCUGGCAUCCCUAUCUGGAGCCCUUUGGAUUCAUGUUCUGCAUGCGCUGUACUUGCACAGAAUUUGGUCAUGUGAAAUGCAACAGCAUCAAAUGCCCUGUUCUGCAAUGUGAAAAUCCAGUGACUAACUCACAGCAGUGUUGCCCUCGUUGUGCAGAUGAGCACAGAACUCCUGCUGGUCUGCGGGCACCCAUUGAAACCUGUAGGUAUAAUGGAAGCACUUACCAAACAGGGGAAACAUUUGCCAACCAUGAGCUCUUCCCAUCCCGUCAGCCGAACCAGUGCGUCAUGUGUACUUGCUCUGUAAGUAUUUAUUUUAUUUUUUUGGUAAUCUUUGUUGUUGCUUUCACCAUAGUGCAUCAUAUUGUUUCAUUUAUGCAACUCUGUGUUAGUCCAGAGUUACAAUAUUUGUUUUUAUAUGUCCUGAAAUACAAGAGGCAUUCUGUGGAUCAGUGUGCUGCGGAGCAGGUCAGGGGUCACUCACUUAGGGCCACGCCAUCGACACUGCGGGGGUCUCCCAGAGGUCUCAACCUACAGACACUACACCUCAAAGGAGCUGCCGCAACUACUGUUAAAAUUCUUCUACAGCGCAAACAUCAGAGAGCUUGUGUGUACAGUGGCAAGACCUAUUCUCAUGGUGACGUGUGGCACCCGGUGCUGGGGAAGGUCUUGGAGUGCAUCCUGUGCACCUGCAGGGACGGCUUUCAAGAAUGCAGACGCAUCACGUGUCCCAACCAGUAUCCAUGCCAACAUCCCAUAAAAAUAGAGGGGAAAUGCUGUAAGAUUUGUCCAGAGCUCAAAGCAGAGAGCAACAGGACAGAGUGCUACCUUACUCAGGACAAUAACAGUCUCCUGGUGUAUAAAGUUGAACCUCCAUCAGCUGCUCAGUCAGAAGAUAAAGUACGGACGAUUGCCAUCGAGAGACAAGGAGCCACGGAAGUAGAGGUGCAAGUCUGGAAAACUGUUGAAGGUGUUUUGCAUCUGAUGGAGACAGGUGAC